AUGAAUAAGUGGGCCGAGAAUGGUUUCACCCACGACCUCAACACUUCGCCUUCCGGGAGCGAAGCAUACUGGCUUAUAGGGGACAGAGAGAGCUCAUGUUCCCCUGCGUGCUCCAGGAGUCACGGCAAGCCUGUGUGUGGGUCAGACGGACGCAAUUAUGAUACCAACUGUGACCUGGAGUGGGCGAAAUGCAAAGACCGCACACUCACCCUCGCCCACAGGGGCCGAUGCAAAGGUAAAAACUGGGUGAGAAUAGAUCCGCCUCUUCCUGCACCCACACUUGUUUCAGAGGUCAAAGAGUUGACAGAAGCGGGCCAGACGAAAUGUCGGACUGAGAGGAUUCAGGCUUUGGAACAGGCCAAAAGGCCACAGGAAUCCAUUUUUAUCCCAGAAUGCAAUGACGAUGGAACAUUUGCCCAGGUCCAAUGUCACACCCUCACAGGAUACUGCUGGUGUGCGACGACAGAUGGCAAGCCAGUCAGCGGCUCUUCUGUCCAGAACAAAACACCAGUGUGUUCAGGAAACUUCCGUGAAUUUAUGGGAACUCAUGCUGGGACAAGUGGAUUGUCAGGGUCAGUAACCGAUAAGCCACCGGGACCUCCAAGCUCUGGCAGAAAAGUCUCUUUCCGUUUCUUUCUCACCCUCAAUCCAGAUGAUGGCUCCAAACCCACACCAACCAUGGAGACACAUGUUGUCCCAGAAGGUGAGGAGAUUACAGCUCCAACUUUGUGGAUUAAGCAGCUGGGGUCCAAACAGAACAGUUCAAACAGUAGGAAGUCAGGUGAGAAUCUCUAUCUACCAUUCAUCUACAUGGCUGUCUACAGCUGA